AUGUCACCCAAGAAGGUGGGCGAUGAUAUCGUGAAGGGCACCAGCCAGUGGAAGGGCAUCCGUGUGACCGUGAAGUUGACGAUUCAGAACCGCCAAGCCAAAGUGGACGUGGAGCCAAAUGCAACGAGCCUCAUCAUCAAGGCCUUGAAGGAACCUUUGCGUGAUCGAAAGAAGACCAAGAACAUCAAGCACACUGGUAACCUCACGAAGAACGUCUUCCUGGACAUUGUCCGCCAGAUGCGCAAGAAGAGCUUGGCCAAGGAGUUCAAAGGCACCGCCAAGGAGAUCCUGGGCACCUGCUUCGCCGUGGGUUGCACGGUAGAUGGCCAGAAGCCCGGAUCCCUCCAGCAGGCCAUCGAUGAUGACGAAUGGGAACUCCCAACCGAGUGA